AUAAGAAGUAAAUGAUCUCAUUUCCCCUUUUAAAAAAAUUCUAAUUUUCUCUCUUCUCUCGAUCAAGAAAAGAAACCCCUUUUGCUGAGGAAACCUCGGUCGAAUCGAAAUUCUCGCCCAAAUCGCUCAUUGACUCCAUCAACCGUACCUCAAACCCUCACGAUCCCAGAUUUCAGGUCAAUUAAGGAUAUCAUAUUUAGCAACCUUUUGUUUGUCUCCUUAUUGUGCAUAAGAUGGUGAAGCUGACGAUGAUAGCGCGUGUGACUGAUGGCCUUCCAUUAGCAGAAGGAUUGGAUGAUGGGCGCGAUCAGAAAGAUGCUGAAUUCUACAAGCAGCAAGCAAAACUUCUGUUUAAGAACUUGUCUAAAGGACAUAACGAGGCUUCCAGGAUGUCAAUUGAGACUGGCCCUUACUUCUUCCACUAUAUCAUUGAAGGCCGUGUCUGUUACUUGACAAUGUGUGAUCGGUCAUACCCAAAGAAGCUUGCUUUUCAGUACCUAGAGGACCUCAAAAAUGAAUUUGAGAAAGUCAAUGGGAAUCAGAUUGAGACUGCUGCGAGGCCGUAUGCUUUUAUCAAAUUUGAUACAUUCAUUCAGAAGACCAAGAAACUGUACUUGGAUACUCGUACCCAAAGGAACCUUGCAAAGUUAAAUGAUGAGCUUUAUGAAGUCCACCAGAUAAUGACUCGCAAUGUUCAAGAAGUUCUUGGUGUUGGGGAAAAAUUGGAUCAGGUCAGUGAAAUGUCAAGUCGGUUGACAUCUGAAUCUCGCAUCUAUGCUGAUAAAGCAAAAGAUUUGAAUAGACAGGCUCUGAUACGAAAGUGGGCUCCUGUUGCUAUUGUGAUUGGAGUCGUGCUGCUUCUCUUUUGGGUCAGAAAGAAGAUAUGGUAAUUUUUUUCUCCCCUGUUUACUAGGGAAACUGAGUAUAAGUUAAGCUUUUUCCUGCCGAGCACCUGGGCAUCUUUCAGUUAUGGCUCUUUGGACGCUCGGGAGAUAUAUACUCAAGCGAGGCAUCAGGAAUCCUGUCCUUUUAUUUUAAAAAAAAUUUACCGGAGGGUAGUAGAUGUUCAACAAAAGAAGCACCAGACUUUAAAAAUUUUGAGAACGAUUUCUGGCUUGAAUAUUCAAUUAGUUGCUUUCGUUCGGCACUGAGAUUCGUGUAGUGCGGUGUCUGGACCAUGAAGCUGGGUAUACAUUUUGUACUCAUGUAUGCAUUUUAUACUCUUAAAUAUAAUAUGAAUACUGUGAUCUGUCCUUUCAAUGUUUUUUUAAUGUUGGCAAGCACCUUUUUCCUC